CUCCCAGCUGCGUCGCAUCACGGACAAGUGCUAGGACUUUCGUUCGUUACAUCUGCUGUGUUAAGGUUGAUUUAAGCUUAUUUAUCAAAAUGAGGGAAUGUAUUUCUGUUCACAUUGGACAAGCUGGCGUCCAGAUCGGUAAUGCCUGCUGGGAACUUUACUGCCUGGAGCAUGGAAUCCAGCCCGAUGGCCAUAUGCCCUCCGAUAAGACUGUGGGUGGUGGCGAUGACUCCUUCAGCACCUUCUUCAGUGAGACAGGAUCUGGCAAGCAUGUGCCCCGUGCCGUGUUCGUUGAUUUGGAGCCAACUGUGGUAGAUGAAGUCCGUACUGGUACCUAUCGUCAGCUGUUCCACCCAGAGCAACUGAUCACCGGCAAGGAAGAUGCGGCCAACAACUAUGCCCGUGGUCACUACACCAUUGGCAAGGAGAUCGUUGAUGUGGUUUUGGACAGGAUUCGCAAGUUGGCAGAUCAGUGCACUGGACUGCAGGGAUUCCUGGUCUUCCACUCGUUCGGUGGAGGCACUGGCUCAGGCUUCACCUCGCUGCUGAUGGAGCGUCUUUCCGUCGAUUAUGGAAAGAAGUCGAAGUUGGAGUUCUCUAUCUACCCAGCUCCACAAGUCUCCACAGCUGUAGUCGAGCCGUACAACUCGAUCUUAACCACCCACACAACGCUGGAGCACUCGGACUGCGCGUUCAUGGUUGACAACGAGGCAAUCUACGACAUCUGCCGCCGCAACUUGGAUAUCGAGCGACCCACCUACUUGAACCUCAAUCGCCUAAUUGGCCAGAUCGUUUCCUCCAUCACGGCCUCGUUGCGCUUUGAUGGCGCCCUGAAUGUGGAUCUCACUGAAUUCCAGACCAAUUUGGUGCCCUACCCACGCAUCCAUUUCCCGCUGGCCACAUAUGCUCCCGUCAUUUCCGGAGAGAAGGCCUGCCAUGAGCAACUGACCGUGGCCGAGAUCACCAAUGCCUGCUUCGAGCCCGCCAACCAGAUGGUCAAGUGUGAUCCCCGUCGUGGCAAGUACAUGGCCUGCUGCAUGCUUUACCGUGGUGAUGUGGUGCCCAAGGAUGUGAAUGCUGCGAUUGCCACCAUCAAGACCAAGCGUUCCAUUCAGUUUGUGGACUGGUGUCCCACUGGCUUCAAGGUUGGUAUUAACUACCAGCCACCCACCGUUGUUCCUGGCGGAGAUCUGGCCAGGGUGCAGCGCGCCGUAUGCAUGCUGUCCAACACCACUGCCAUCGCCGAGGCCUGGGCUCGUUUGGAUCACAAAUUCGAUUUGAUGUACGCCAAGAGGGCUUUCGUCCACUGGUAUGUGGGAGAGGGCAUGGAGGAGGGAGAGUUCUGCGAGGCUCGCGAGGAUCUUGCAGCUCUUGAGAAGGACUACGAAGAGGUUGGCAUUGAUUCCACCACCGAGCUGGGAGAGGAUGAAGAGUACUAAACCGUCCUGGAAUAUCAAAGAUGAUCCUAGAAACUCUCUAAACUUCACAUUGUUUCUACCAAAAACACAAAAGCAUAAACUCUCGCAAUAAAAAAAUGUAACACAA